GUCUUUAUUUAGUUUUUCUACCUUUUUUUUUUCGCGUAUGGUCAUUUGGAUAAAAAAAAAAUUAUCAGAUAUGGCUGCCAACAACCGGGAAAAUCAUGACUCAAUGAAAAUGAAGUAAAUGGAUCUUCAAAAAGCAGUUGAUUUAUUUACUAUGUUGGAUGAGACAACUAAGCUGGUAUACAACAUGAGGGAAGACGACGACGACAUCACAAUGGAAUCAUCAACAGAGAGUCUUGGUUUAGAUUAUCAAGCAGUAAAUAAGUACAAUGAUUUAUUACCUUAUGCUGAGGAAUUGGAGAAAGAAGCAAAAAUUUUACUGCCAGAAAUAAAAGGUCAAUUGGGACAAGCUAUCAUGCUAAGACGUAUUGAACCUGAUACACUAAAUGCUGUUGGUAAAUUACGAAUGUACAUGAAGCUUUACAGUUUAAGAUUCACCAAAGAGGAUCAUAUUUUACUGAUAAAAUUGAUGUAUGAACUAGUGACAAUUCCUGAACUUGAACAAUAUCUUGUCAAUGUAUUUGGUGGUAUACUAUUGAACUUAUUGCGAAAAAGAGAACUCAUUGAACCAAGUGAAUUGGUAUUAGAAUGGAGACCAUUGUAUGACUUGAAAAAACGUUCAGUUACUAUGCCUUCAAAUAGCAUGUAUCGGUUUUCUCAACGAUGCUUGAAAAUGAUUGAAAGUUUAAUAUGUGAUGCAAAAAUAUAUUUUCCAUUAACAGCAACAAGAGAAAUACUUGAUGAAUUAAGACCACAAAUAUGUCCACUUGAUACAAGAUCAUCACCAGCUAUCUUUGAUUUAUUAGAUUUAUUUUUACCAGUACAAUUAUUUCCAAAUGAUUCACAUAUGGGUUAUGGACUUUGGUUUGAUGAAUUUAUGAAACUUUGGGAAAUUUGUAAUAAUGCACCAGUAUGGGAACAUUCAAUGAUGACACUUAUGUCAAGAUUAGCAUGGUUUAAUAUUGGUUAUAUUGAUUGGGAACCAUAUAUACCAAUAAUGACAACGCGAUUUAUGAGAUGUCUCAAUUUGCCAGUUCAUUAUAAAAAUACAAAAAUACCAAAAUCUCAUAAAGUUACAACAAAUUCAGUAGCAAUAUGGGUUGUAUCAAUAUUGGGAAAUAAAUCAAGUGGACAAUUUCAUUUGGAAAAAUUUUUAAAAACCAUUGAAACAUAUUUACAUCAAGCAAAUACUGGUCCUUGGAUUGAUGGUUUAAAAGAUUUUUUAUGUAAAUUAACAAUUCAUUUUGUAAGACGUUUACAUAAUGAAAGAUAUAAAAAAAAAACAUGGCAAACAACAACACCAGAAACACAUAAAUUAACUGAUACAGAUGUUGAUAAUUUUGUUAAAUCAAUGAUGCCACUUGCAAUGACAUCAAUGUUUGGACUUUCAAAUGCAGCAGCAACAUCAAAAGUAUUUCGUCAUUUAGCAACAAUAAGACCAAAUCUUGUUAUACCAGAUGUACUUGAUAGAUUAUAUUUAACACUUGAUUCAUUAACAGAACCACAUAAAUUAACAGCAGCAAUGUCAGCAGUAACAUCAAUUGCUAGACCAUUAGUACAAGGAUGUAGAAAUAUUAAUAAAGGCUAUACAUAUAAUGAAGGACCAUCACGUGUAUUGUCAUUAUUAUUUUCAUCAUUACCAGGUAUUGAUGCUAAUGAUUUUAUGAAAUGUUUUUCAACAUUUCGUUUGAUAUCUGUUUAUGCAUCAAUGAUACCAAUUGUUGAUUGUUCACAUGCAAUUGGAUCAAAUUUAAUUGAUGAUGAUGAUCGUUUAGUUUGUGAAACAACAUCACAAUUUGAAGAUUUUAUAUUACAAUUUUUUGAUCGUGUAUUUAUACUUAUUGAAUCAAGUACACUUGAAUAUGUAUCACAAGAAAAUCAAGAACAUCGUGGUAAUAAAAGUAAAAUUGAAUCAAUGAUUGAAUUUGGACUUGAUUCAGUAUGUUCAAGUAUAUUAAAUCGUUGUAGUAAUGAUAUAUUUCAAUCGGCAUUACAUAAAUUACGUUCAUUUGUUACUGAAAAAGUAUUAGAAACAAGAAUAUCUGGACCACUUGCAGCAUCAUUAUGUCGUAGUUUUGCACGUGCUAAUGGACGUGAAACAUUAAAAUCAUUAUUACCAACAUUAACACAAAUUAUCAUGGAAAUAAUACAAGAUAAUGAUGAUGUUAAAAAAGAAGAAAAUCUUGAUGAUCGUUUGUUAUAUUCAAUGUUACUUGUAUCAAGUAUAACAUCAGCAUCUGGUGAUACAUUAUUUAUAUAUAAAGAUUUAAUUAUUGAAUUAUUAGAUAAAAUAUUACAUUUAAAAUCACGUGAAGGUAGUCGUAUAUCAAGUAGAAUAUUAUGUGGUGUAUUAAAUUCAUUAUCAACAAUAACAACAAAAUCACAUUAUACAUAUGAUGGACGUGAUUAUAAUGAUACAAGCUAUCCAUAUAUACUUGAUUGGGGACAAGGUAUUGAUAAAAAUCAACUUAAUGUUGAUUGGUAUAUACCUGGUGAAGAUGAAUUAUCAAUGUUACAAGAAUUAUUUUCACGUUAUAUUACCAUUGAAAUAAAUAAUAUUGAAAAUUAUUGUUCAAAUACAACAACACCAAUAACAGCAACAACAAAAUCAGAAUUAUUAACAACAAUGACUAUUUUAUUAGCAUUAGUUGAUGGUUUAUCAAAUUAUUUACCAAUACCAAAUGAAUAUUUUAAUAAUUGUGAUGAUGAAACAUCAACAUUUUUACCAUAUGUUGGAAUUAAAGGAGAAAUUAAAAUGCCUGAUGGUAGUAAUGUAAAAAAAUCAAUGGUUAAAUUAUUAACAAAAUUACAAAAUAAAAUGCUUGAAAAUCAUGAAGAUGAUCCAAAAAGUUUAGCUGUAUUACCACGUAUUUGGAGUGCAAUAUUAUUAGGUGAAUCAUCUCAUAUGGAUCAACAUAAAAGACUUGUAUUAUCAUGGAAUCAAGUUAAAUAUGAAUUACGUGAUGAUCUUAUUAAAAAACGUCGUCAUAUGGUUGAAUGUAUACUUGAACGUUGUCAUUUACAACAUGAAAUUAGAAUCUUUUCACGUUUUUAUCCAUUAACUGAAUAUCAUAAAUUUAUUAUGUUACAAUUAUUUAAAUUAUCAACAACAACAUAUGCACAAGUACGUAUACAUUCACAAGAUGUAUUAUUCUCAGCAUUAGGAUAUUUUCCAACUUCAAGAAAUAUAUUUAUACCUGAUAUAUUAGAAUUAUUAGCAAAAGAUCCAGAAGAACAUCAUGAUGCACAUAAAGGUUUAUUAUAUCUUCUUGCUGGACCACGUCCAAAUGCAUUAAUUGUACCAAGAAGUUGGGAAUUUUUAAAAAAUAUAUGGCCAGCACUUGUGUUAUCAAAACCAUCUGAAAAACCAUCAGUUAUUAGAUUAAAAAAUAAUUUAACUGAAACAAUAUCAAGAUAUAUGCCAACAAUUGGUAUUAAAUUAUUUUUAACAGAUAAAUCAAUUAAUAUUGCUAGUGAAUUAUGGAUGACAUAUCCAAAACCACUAUUAACAAUGCCAAAUAUUGAUGAUAUUAAUAAUGGAAAAAUUGAAUUAUUAAAACUUGAAAAAAUUAAUGAAACUUAUUAUGAUGAACUUAUAGAUUCAAUUUUAACUGGUAUACAAACAAAUUGUCAUUGGCGACAAAGAUCAAUGGGUAUGAGGUUAUUACGUGAUCUUGCACAUCCAGAUAGAAAUUAUCCAAUAAAAGUUGUUAAUUAUUUUUUAAAUGCACUUAUUAAUGAUACAUUACAAGAAAGAAAAAUUGCAAUAUUAACUGUUUCAUCAAUAAUGCAACAAUUAAAAAGAAAACAUAAUAAAAUAACAAUUGAUACACCAAAUUUAGUUAUUAAAAAUGGUUCAAUAUGGAAUGAUGUAACAACAUUACCUGGUUUACGUGAUGACAAUGCUUGGUUACAAUAUAACUAUAAUAAUCGUCCAUUAAAUGAACAACAAUGGAAUGAACCAAGAUAUAUUCAUAAACAAUAUAAUGGCUAUUAUACAUGGCCAAAAAAACUUGAAAUAUAUGCACCAUCAUCUGAACAACCAAUAUUAGAUAAAACAAUACGUAUAUUUAAUGAAUCUGAAUUAUUAAUUGAAAAUUUUUUUAUUGAUUCAUCAAAUGUUGAUAAACUUAUGAAAUAUAAUAGCCUUGAAGAAAGAAAAGGAAAAGAUAAAUUUAAUAAUUUUAGAUUUUUAUUUUAUAAAAGAUUAUUUAGAAAUCAUGGUAUAACACAUUUAAAUAAUUUUUUAAUACAUUUAAAAUAUCUUGUUAAAGAUAAACAAGAAAGUCAUCAAUUAUGUGCAGCUGAAUUAAUUGCUGGUCUAAUACGUGGAUCAAAACAUUGGCCAUUUAAUAUGGUUAAUGAUAUGUGGAAUUUAUUAUUACCAAUAAUAGGUGAUGCUCUAAAUAAUAUUAGUACUGAAACAGUUAAUGAUUGGGCACUAUGUUUUGGUUCUGCUGUUGCUAAAAGAGAUCCAAAUAGACAUCAUUGGUUGUAUGAAUGUUUAAUGGAAUAUACAAUUGUCAAUGAUUCAACAGCAUCAUUGCAUGAAUCAUCAAUAUUAUUUUGUUUACAAACAAUGUUAUUACAACAAUCAUGGCGUUUAACUGAACUUAUGAAACGUUUAUUAAUACGUGUUGAAAAUCGUUUAAUUGCAAAUCCAUUUCAAAAUAUACGUGAUUGUCUUGGUAGUGUUAUAACAUCAAUUUUUUCAGCUGAUUAUGAUCCUGGUACUGGUGUUAAAAAUAAUAAAACACAAUUAUAUACAGAAGAUUUUAUAAAUAAAUAUUUACCAAAUUUAUUAAAAUUAACAAAUGAUGAUGAUCAUUUUCUUGAACUUGAUGGAAAAAAAGAAAGUGUUAGUUUAUUAAAAACAUUAUGUAAAUGGUUAAUAACAAAUGGAUAUUCAUCACAAUAUGGUUCAUUACCAAGUUUUUCAUUAAUAUUACCAGUACUAUGUCAAUUGGAAAAUUAUGAACCAGAUGAUGAAUUAAGAUUAACAUGUAGAAGAGCAUUAUCAACAAUGUCAGAAUCAUUAAGAUUACCAAGACAUAUGGAUAAAUUAUUUAAUGAUUUAUUUAUUGUAUCAAAUAUGACAUCAUGGUCAGCACGUUCAUCAUGUCUUAGUUUUAUUGAAGUAUUUGUUUUUUAUAAUAUGGGUGUUAUAUUAAAUAAUAAAAUAUGGACAGAUAAAGUUUUAGAAAUUGUUAUGAGAUUAUUAUCUGAUGAUAGAGUUGAAGUUAGAGAAAAAGCUGGUAAUGUAUUAUGUGGUUUAUUACAUUGUAAUUUUAUUGCUGAACAAGAUAAAUUAUUAAAGCAAUUAAAAAAUAAAUCAAAAAUUAAAAUUAAUAAUAAUGAUGAUUUACGUGUAAGACAUGCUGGUGUACUUGGUUUAUGUGCAUUUGUAAGAGCUCAUCCAUAUGAUUUACCAAAAUACGUGCCUUCAAUAUUUGAAUAUUUAAAUUAUUGUCUCAAUGAUCCACAACCAAUUCCUACAACAAUUAGAAAAACACUUGGUGAUUUUAAAAGAACUCAUUAUGAUGGAUGGACUGUUCAUGCCCAAUGUUUUACAGAAGAACAAUUAGGAAUAUUGCAAGAUUUAUCAGUGCCACCUUCUCAUUAUGCAUAAAAAAUUUAUAUAUAUUAUCAAUUUAUCAAUCAAAUAUUAUAUACAUAAGGUAAAUAAAUUUAAUUUUAAAGGUUCAUCAAGGGUUCUAUUUCAUAUUUUAUAUCAAAAAAUUAUAUUUGAUAUAAAAAAUUAAUAAAAAUAUAUAUAUAAUACUUAAUUAUUUCAUGAGGUAGUCAAUUUAUUUUUAUUUAUUUGAUGAUACAAUAUUAUUUUUUCGAUUUUUUUCUUCAUCAUUGAGAUGUUCAUUAAGCAGCUCUAGGUUUUCUGGCUUUUGUUGGACUUGGAUUUCUAUUGUAUCUGUCAGUAUUGUCCAGUAGUGCACCACGAUCUUUUACUGAAUUUUGAAAUUGACUGAUAAACGACUUGUCAGUUGGUCGGGUAUUUGAACCAGAUGCACGUCUGUCAUUUGACGAUGCAUCAACACCUGAAAAAAAAAUAUAAUAAUUUUAGAUACAGUUCAAAGUUUAGUUAAUUUAUUAUUUUUAAUAUAAAAAAAAAAAUCAACUUACCAAUGUAGUGAAGAGAAAUUAAUAGUGCAACAAUGAAACCAAUAAAAAUUGAUACAUUCAUUUUGAAAAUAUUCUUUUUUUUUUAGUAUAAUAUUAACAGUUAAACUUCAAAUAGUUGAAUGAUUUUUUUUUUUUUAAACACGAUGUAUUUAUACUUGUACUAUGAUGAUUAAUGUGACAGCUAUAAGUUAUUAAUCAUUUUGAUUAACGUCACAUAUUUAUUACACACCAUUAACCACAUAAAAUAUAAUUUAAAUGAUAUCAAAUAAAUAAAACAAUGUAAAUAUUUCAAAUUUGAUAUUAAUAAAUUAUAUUGUAUAGAAAUUGUUUUGUUUAUUCAAAAAAAAAAAAAAAAUUAAAUUUAAAGUUGAUAGUAAUUUAUCGUGUACGAAUAAUAAAAAAAUAAAUAUUUAUUUAUACAUAAUAAAUUAAUAAAAUAGGCAAAAUUAUUACUUAUUCAUUUUCUUUUAUUUGCAGAUAGA